GCUGCCUGCCUCGAUCCCCACGAACUCGUCUGGCCCCAACCCCAUGUAUAUAUACCCACUACUCCCACAACCAAACUUCACCCACCCACUUACUUACUUAUCACAAUCUCAUCCUCCACUGAUUCUUCAUCUUCUUCUUCUUCUUCUUAACUGCUACAACUGCAUAUCCCCAUCUUUGUUUUCUCAAGGAAACAUGAACAGGCCAGGAGAUUGGAACUGCAGGUCAUGCCAGCACCUCAACUUCCAGAGAAGAGACUCGUGCCAAAGAUGCGGGGAGCCAAGACCCGGAGAGAGGGGCGGUGACUACGGAAGUUUCGGUGGGAGGGGGGGUGGUGGUGGUGGUGGCUCACCGUUCAGUUUUAGUACCGGUCCAGACGUGAGGCCUGGCGACUGGUACUGCACCAUGGGAAACUGCGGAGCCCACAACUUUGCCAGCCGCUCAAGCUGCUUCAAGUGCGGCUUGUCCAAGGAGGACUCAUCCUCUGGCGGCUUUGACAGUGAGACGUCUCGUACUAGAGGUUUUGGGUUCGGUGGAGGAGGCAGCGGGGGCGGGGGUGGGAGCAGCCGCUCUGGAUGGAAAUCCGGCGAUUGGAUUUGCACGAGGUCAGGGUGCAAUGAGCACAACUUUGCUAGCCGGAUGGAGUGUUUCAAAUGCAAUGCACCUCGAGACUCUGCCAGCAAAUCCUCUUUCUGAUAUUUGAUUCUCCAUUUUUGGCCAAGGUACCACAGUCUUAAUUAAGGAGGGAUUCAAAGGAAGGCCAUCGGAUAGGAUAAUCCCCGCUUGAACUUUUUGUCCCGAGCCUAUUUAUUUUCCCUUUUUUUUUUUUUUUCUUUUUCCUUUUUUUUUUUUUUUCUUUUUCCUCCUCUUCUACUAGGGUGCUUUUGAUGAAUUAUGGUUUAAAAACUCAAGUUCAAGUAGCUAGGGCUAAAUAUCCUUCAUUUUGUGAGCUUAAUGUCCUAAUAUCAAAUAUAGCCAUGUAGUUUGAUCUUCUUGUUUCAAUCUUAAUAUUAUUGUGUGUUUUGAGAGGGUUUCUACAACUA